AUGAACGUUGGUGGUGGUACUGCUGGAGGUGUGAGCAGUAGUCGCUUCUCGAAGAUGUGGACCACGGCGGUACUGAACGCCAUCACCAGCCGGGCGACGUCGGCAUCGAAGAAUCUCUCGGUGCGGUACUCGUCCAUCCCGAGCAACGAUGGUUCGAGCGGACCGUCGGCUUCGGCCAGCAAUCUCAGCAAGAUCAUGGGCGGUUCCGGCAUCAUAUUGCCGCUGGACGUCGAGGAAACGGUGACGUGCUUUUGCAGAAAAGCCCGACGCAAGGAACGAGACGGCGAUUCAAAUCAGGGCGACACAAAGCUUUACCUCGAGGAGGGGCUACUAGAGCGGAAGCUGCCGGAUGCGGACCUGCGGUUAUUAGUCGAUCUACCCGCCGGCCUAGACUACAACGAAUGGCUCGCGUCGCACACUCUUGCGCUGUUCGAGCACGUCAACCUCGUGUACGGUACCAUCAGUGAAUUCUGCACGACAUCCGGCUGCCCAGACAUGACCGGUCCAGGAACUAGGAUGUACCUCUGGUUCGACGAGAAAGGCAAGAAAACGCGAGUGGCAGCCCCGCAGUACAUCGACUACGUCAUGACGUUCACGCAGAAGACGGUCAGCGACGAGUCGAUCUUUCCCACCAAAUAUGCCAAUGAGUUCCCUAGCUCGUUCGAGAGCAUCGCUAGGAAAAUCGUACGUUUACUGUUUCAUGUGAUCGCGCACCUGUACGCGGCCCAUUUCCGCGAGGUCGCCCUGCUCGGGCUACACGCGCAUCUCAACCUCACCUUCGCGCAUCUGACCGCGUUCCAUAGGCGAUACAACCUGAUAGAACCCAAAGAAACUGAAGUCCUGCGCGAUCUGGAGAUCGCACUCCGCCUCUCGGAUGAUCCGGCGGCGCCGGCCGAUAGCGGCAAGGCGGACAGUAGUGCCUCGAUCGCGUCCACAACCUCGGCCUCGACCGGUACGACCAACACGUGCUCGUCCUCGUCGACGUCCUCGACCGCUUCCUGCUCGCCGCCGCUGCUACUAACCGCUGCUGCUGCUGCUUCCGCCGCUCCAGGAGUCUCGGGUGGCGCGGCCGGUUUGCCAAACAACGGCGUGUCCUGUGGCGCCUCCGCCCAUCCCGCGGCCAGCUGCGGCGCGGACAACAACCACAGCAGCAGUAGUGAUAGCGGGCCUCCACCAGCGAUGGCCACCCUCAACCAUUCGCUCAUCGAUGGGGACGCGACGGCGCAACCGAUCUGCAAGCAGCCGCUCGAAUCGGGCAGCGUUGUAAAUAGUAGUAGUCAUAAUCAUCACGCGCAGCAUCCCCAUCAUCAUCACCACCCUCAUCAUCAUCACCACCACCAGCAGCAGCAGCAGCAGGCGGGCGCUAAGGACCCCAUGAUGCAGUCCUGCGCGGCCAGUGGUGGUAGCGGCAGCAGCACCGGCAGUGUCGGCGUGGUCGGAUGUGGCGUCGGUUACAGCGUCGUCGGUGGUGGUGGUGGUGGCGGCGGUGGUGGAGGAGGCGGCGGAGGUGGUGGACACGUGAGCGGGUCCAGUUCGCAGCAGUCGGCCAAUACGCAGACAACGGCAUAG